AAUAUAGUGCGGACGUAUGUAACAAACGAAAGGGGUUCUGAAGUCCCUCUGUAUGUCAUAUGCUUAUCCAUGCAAAUUUGCAUUCAAGUUACAAGUUGCAAUUUUCGAAAUAUUGUGCGAAAUUUGGUACUCCGAGUUGGAAACUGGUUUGCAAUAGGUGUGAUGUUAUUAUCAAUUGCUUCAAAGGAGCAACCAAAGUGACGGUAGAGGCAGAGGACAAAUACAAUGAAUGGGGAGCUCAAUUAGUGUCAGUUGUCUAUAAAUCAGAUAAAACCAAGUUUAAGGAUAGUUCAGAAGAGAAAACGGGUUGUAUUUUUUGUUCAAGUGAUUUUUCGCAUUUAGUGGAAAAGCAUCGUGCCGUUCCAUCGAGGCCAGUAAAUAUAUGUGAUAAUAGUGGUGGAACCGGCAUUGGACGCGGAGGUCGUGGUGGCGGUCGCGGUAACAAAGGACGUAGCAGUGGAAGAGGAAGUCGCGGCGGAACACGGCCACCCAAAGAUAAAAUGGCUGAAUUGGCAGCUUAUUUUGUUUAAAGUAUUUGGAAGAAGCAUCUACGAAAGUAUGCAAAUGCAAGUAUCUUAUCACCUUUCCAUAUCGAAUGGAAUAGACGGACUCUUUGGAAUACUUAACAAAAUAAAAAUUGUAUUAAAAAAAAAAGUCGUUUAAUUUAAGAUCAAAACAAACAAAUACUAAAGGGAUAACAUGCCUUGCAAG